AUGAUACAUCCAGGCUCUAUCGUACUCGCUACUGCCAUGGUGUUAGCGGGAUACCUAGCAACAAUCUGCUUCACACCCCCAAACGCAUCCCCAGAUCGAAAAGAAAGACACAAGAUCGACCGCACCUCAUCGAUGGGAGAUUUCGUCCCUCUCAUCCUCCGCCAAAUCGUAAUUGUCGCCGUGGCUUAUCACGCAGCUCUUGCCAUACUAUCUGAACUGGACACCCCGAGUCUCACGGCACAAGCAUGCCCUCGACCAAACAACCCCAAUCCAGCACUGUUUUCUUGGACCUCUACCUCAGUCACCGCACUACUGUUAGUGCUCGUUGGGGCCUGGGUGCGUCUUUCCGCAUUUGGAGGCCUAGGUCCAAAUUUCACUUUUCAUCUCGCACGCCCUAGUCGACUCGUGACAACUGGGAUAUAUCGUUGGGUACAACACCCGAGUUAUACCGGUCAUUUGGCGGUUAUAGCGGGGUGUACGUUGCUUUUUAUGAGAUGGGAUGGUGCAUCGGCUUGCUGGAUAGAGGAGUCUAUUUUGGUUGGAUUGGAUGGAUGGGGUCUCGCUCUUUGGGCUUCGUUUAUGGGGUUCUCUGUUUUGAUGAUACGGGCAAGGGUUAAGGAUGAGGAGGAUAUGCUGAAGCAAUUGUUUGGAAAGGAGUGGGAGGAUUGGAAUCGAUCGACUAAGAGAUUUAUUCCUGGGUUAUUUUGA